AUUCUUUUCCUUCAGUGGAAAAACGCAUCCUCUAGCUUGUAGACAGUAGCGUCCGUCACACUGACACAUUGACUGCCGCUCGCUCGCCAUGGCUGCGGUCGACAUCUCGUCGCCGGCAUUCUCGUCGGACCCCGCCGUCAGGCUCUUCAAGCUGCAGCGGGGAGGCCUCACCGCGAUGAUCACCAACCUCGGCGCCACUGUCACCAGCCUUACCGUCCCGGAUGCUCGCGGUCAGCUGCGUGACGUGGUGCUAGGAUUCGACACCGCACGGCCGUAUCAGGAUGGCACAUCGCCAUACUUCGGCUGUGUGGUAGGCCGAGUGGCCAACCGCAUUGCGGGAGCUCAGUUCGAUCUGGACGGUCAGGUCCACCAUCUGACGGCUAAUGAUGACCCUCGCCCCAACACACUGCAUGGUGGCAAAGUGGGAUUCGACAAGCGCAUUUGGCGUGUGGUGGGUAAGGAUGAAGGCAGUGAUGCGGGACCUGCAGCUCCACCUUCAGCAUCAGCAUCAGCAGCAGCAGAGGAAGGAGCAGCAUGCAACGGCACAGAGUUGCAUCUGGCGCUGACGAGUUGGGAUGGCGAGGAGGGUUUUCCAGGGAGGGUGGAGGCGCGAGUGAGCUACAGGCUGGUGGGCGAUGGGGAGAUGGUGAUCGUCAUGGCGGCACAUGCUGUUGAUAGGGACACGCCUGUCAGCAUGGCACACCACAUGUAUUGGAAUCUGGGCGGCCAUGCCAGUGGAACAGUGCACGACCACGUCGUGCGAAUCAACGCCUCCCACUACACGCCAAUCAAUGCCAACCACAUCCCCACGGGCGAAAUUCUGCCGGUAGCAGGCUCUCCCUUUGACUUCCUCUCAAAGGAGUUCCCCAUUGGGGCGCGCAUGGGUGAGGUGGCAGGGGGUUACGACCACAACUACGUGCUCCACAGAACAGACGCGUGGAGUGGAGGGAAAGCAGCCGAGGUGCUUGGGGGGGAGAAGGGAGAGGAUGGAGUGACGGGCGAAGAGGGAGUGAAGGGAGCAGAGGGAGUGACUUCAGGAAUGGAGGGGCCAGAAGGGGGGAGGAAGGAGGCAGAUGAGACAGGAAAGGACGGAGAAGCAGCGGCAGUGGUGGCAGGGGAGAAAUUGUUUCUGGCUGCCCGAGUGCGGCACCCAGAGACGGGCAUCCUCAUGACUCUCUCCACCAACGCGCCUGCCAUGCAAUUCUACACGGGCAACUUCCUGGAUGGUUCUGUGAAAGGGAAGGGAGACACGGCUUAUCAACAGCACGCAGGCUUCUGUCUUGAAACACAGGGUUUCCCCAACGCGGUGAAUGAGCCCAAGUUCCCCUCUGUGAUCAUACGCAGAGGCGAGCGCUACAUUCAUGUGAUGAGGAUACAGUUCAGUCACACAUAACAGCUCUAGAUUUCGUAAGCAAUACUCCGUUCGUGCAUUCAGGUUGGGUUGGAUGAUAGGAUUGAAUGGAGGCAGCCAGAUCAAAAUGGGCUCCCUUAGUGAGAGCAGUUUUGAGGUGACAUGACAACACAAAAUAUUCUCUUCCGUCGAAUAGUUGAAAAUGCGUUGUCGUCACCUGAUAACAUUUACCAAGCGAUGCUUGUCAGAACUCAGUCACUGGCCACUGAGUUAAAAGGGCUUGUUAAGUAGCGGGUAAGUGCGCCCAUAACCCCCCAGACUCUGCACCUGUGACCCUUCCCCGAGGAUCUCAAGGGCAACCCCAGCGUGUCUCUUGACAAUGCUUUCUCGAAACUUGAGAAGCCCCUGGGGUCCUUUACCACGGGGAAAAUGAAACGCUGGUCCUGUAUGGAGUCCUUUGUCAGAAGAAUGCAUUUGGCCGUAGCUGUUCCUGGUCUCAAUUUGCCAACGUGGUCAAACACUGGUUAGGGGGGAUGAUACGAUUGAAUAGCACGGAACUGUUUUGAGAUGUGACUGAGGCAGAGUGAUGUGGCUUGUGUGUCCAAAACGUUGCAGGGAGUUGCACUUUCUAGUGAC